AGAGUCAGCCGUAGAAAGCUGACUUCAUCCAGCUGCAGGUGGCACGCCAUUAACAAGAUCCAGGAGGCUGGAGUGCUAGCUAUUUGGCAGUGUUCUAGAUCACACAGGUCAGACACGGGCAAGUGUUCUAGAUCACACAGGUCAGACACGGGCAAGUGUUCUAGAUCACACAGGUCAGACACUGGGGUCAGCGGUUACAGCAUGCACGGUCAGGCACUGGGGUCAGCGGUUACAGCAUGCACGGUCAGACACUGGGGUCAGCGGCUUACAGCAUGCACGGUCAGGCACUGGGGUCAGUGGCUUACAGCAUGCCCGGUCAGACACUGGGGUCAGCGGCUUACAGCAUGCCCGGUCAGACACUGGGGUCAGCGGCUUACAGCAUGCCGGUCAGACACUGGGGUCAGCGGUUUACAGCAUGCCCGGUCAGACACUGGGGUCAGCGGUUUACAGCAUGCCCGGUCAGACACUGGGGUCAGCGGCUUACAGCAUGCACGGUCAGACACUGGGGUCAGCGGCUUACAGCAUGCACGGUCAGACACUGGGGUCAGCGGCUUACAGCAUGCACGGUCAGACACUGGGGUCAGCGGCUUACAGCAUGCCCGGUCAGACACUGGGGUCAGCGGCUUACAGCAUGCCCGGUCAGACACUGCGGUCAGCGGUUUACAGCAUGCCCGGUCAGACACUGGGGUCAGCGGUUUACAGCAUGCCCGGUCAGGCACUGGGGUCAGCGGCUUACAGCAUGCACGGUCAGACACUGGGGUCAGCGGCUUACAGUAUGCACGGUCAGGCACUGGGGUCAGUAUACUAGAACAUAGAGGUUAUAGCUGA